UUCGGCUCCAUAGGGUGCAUGAUCUGUACAACGCCGAACUAAACCAUGACAGUUAAUAAGGGCAGUGGCGCAUAGCAUGUAAGCAAUUGCGUGCAGCACAUCCGCAGAGCUGCUGUCGUUCCAUACUCUUCUGCUUUCUCCCUAUUCAAACGUGCGACAAGAGACCCUGCGCAGCGUCUCAAGAACCACAGAACCACCGGUUGUACUUGUUCAAUUCCGCCAUGGCACACGUCGGCGCUCUCCCCAAGAUCCACCGGUAUAUCACGGCCCACAACAAGGAGGGAAAGGCGAUCUUCAGCGACAAGUUCGACGAGGAGAGUAAGAUGAAACCCAAUGACGACGGCAUCGCGUUCGCGCUCAGCUACACGACCAAAGGGUUUCCGGUCGGCCUGGACAACGACGAGGAUCUGCAGGUGUACGAGCAUUAUUUGAACGAGGCCCCAGGCCUCGUAGUCUCGGGCGGGACCGUCCUCCGGCAUGUGGACAUCCCCCCCAACACGGCUUGUGCCAUGCACCGCACGGUCAGCCUAGACUAUGGGUGUGUUCUGGAGGGCGAGGUCGAAUGCCUGCUGGAUAGCGGCGAGAAGCGGGUCAUGAAGCGUGGGGACGUUGCGAUCCAGCGUGGGACGAUGCAUCAGUGGAUCAAUCAUAGCACCAAGGACUGGACGAGGAUGCUGUUCGUGCUCCAGGAGAGCAAGCCGCUGAAGGUCGCGGGCGAGACGGUGGGCGAGGAACUGGCGGGCAUGGCUGGGGUACGGCCCUCGGACUGA